AUGUGGCAACUCGCGAAAGCAACAUAUUUGUCCUUAGUCUACUUCUUUGAAGGUGGUGGAGCGAAGAAAUUAGGAACAUUUGGAAAACUUGUUGGAAGGUUGGGGAUGGUAGGCAUAGAAGGUAAUGGAGGCAUGGAAAGCUUAGGCAUAUUAGGGAUUGUGGGAAUGGUUGGUAAUGUCGGAAUGGUGGGCAUCUGCGGUUGUGGCAGUGUCGGGAUUGUGGGCAUCUGUGGUUGUGGCAGUGUCGGGAUUGUGGGCAUCUGUGGUUGUGGCAGUGUUGGGAUAGUUGGCAUCUGUGGUUGUGGCAGUGUUGGGAUUGUAGGUAUCUGUGGUUGUGGUUGUGAUGGGGUUGCUUGUAGCAAAUUACGUGAAGCAUAA